AUCAUGCUGAAAGCGGCCAGACCAGACCUGAACCGUUCUCGGCUCGUUUUGACACCUGGAACAGCCUUAUCUUACAUGUCUACAUGCAAUUGGCCGCUGUUCCUUCCCGGUGGUCAAACACUAUCCACCUUCUUCUUCCUCCGCAAGACGCAGAUGCCGACCUCGUUUUCGCCUUCUAAUCCCAUUUCGCCUCUCGUGUCAAAGCUCAGCAUCCCCUUAAUGGCCGCCGCCCUCCUCUCUUCCCAGUGUCGCCCCUCUCUGGCACGCUCGACGUCGACCCUCGCCGCUGGUGUCGCUCGGAGGCGCGCCCGCCUCGCUUUUCGCUGCUCCGCCUCUAGGUUUCCCCGGUUUGACCUAGGCGGCGAACAGAAUGAAAAUUCAUGUCGCAUAAAAGAAUGUGCAAUAUCUUUGGCACUGGCAAUUGGAUUGGUAACUGGUGUUCCCAUAGUAACCUCUCCAGCCCAUGCUUCCCCUGUAAGUCCAGUGUUGCCUGAUCUGUCUGUGCUGAUAUCUGGUCCACCUAUCAAAGAUCCCGGUGUCUUGUUGCGAAAUGCAUUGCCUAUUGAUAAUAAGGCAAUCAGGGAGGUUCAGAAACCGCUUGAGGAUAUCACAGAUAGUCUCAAGAUUUCUGGCGUUAGGGCAUUGGACACGGCUGAGCGAAAUGUGAGACAAGCUUCUCGUGCUCUAGAACAAGGGAAGGCUUUGAUUCUAAAAGGUGUAUCUGAAACAAAGAAAGACAAUGGGAAGGAAUUGCUUGAAAAGCUGGCUGUUGGGAUGAAAGAGCUUGAAGGCAUUAUCCAGCAAAGAGAUAGGGAGGCAGUGGCCCCAAAACAGAAGGAACUCUUACAAUAUGUUGGAAGUAUUGAAGAGGAUAUGGUGGAUGGUUUCCCCUUCGAGAUUCCAGACGAGUACAGUAAUUUGCCUCUUUUAAAAGGAAGAGCAACUGUGGAUAUGAAGGUUAAAGUUAAGGACAAUCCCAACGUCCAAGAUUGCGUGUUCCGCAUAGUGCUUGAUGGGUACAAUGCCCCAGUUACAGCUGGAAACUUCGUAGACUUAGUUGAAAGGCAUUUCUAUGAUGGCAUGGAAAUCCAAAGAGCGGAUGGCUUUGUUGUACAAACUGGGGACCCUGAAGGACCUGCAGAAGGUUUUAUUGACCCUAGUACAGAGAAAUUGCGCACUAUACCGCUUGAAAUCAUGGUUAUCGGUGACAAGGCUCCAAUCUAUGGUGAAACUCUUGAAGAACUUGGAAGAUACAAAGCUCAGACAUGCCUACCCUUCAAUGCAUUCGGUACGAUGGCAAUGGCUCGAGCUGAAUUUGACAACAACUCUGGCUCAAGCCAAGUCUUCUGGCUUCUAAAAGAAAGUGAGCUAACACCUAGCAAUGCUAAUAUAUUGGAUGGCCGGUAUGCUGUCUUCGGAUACACUACAGAGAACGAAGAUUUCUUGGCCGACCUCAAGGUUGGCGACGUCAUUGAGUCGAUCCAAGUUGUUUCUGGCCUUGAAAAUCUUGUCAACCCAAGUUACAAGUAGGAUAGUAGUGAGAUUUGUGAGCUGGAGCAUGGGGCUCCAUUUUUUUCUUCCUCUGGGUUCUUGUAAAACUUGAGCACUCGGAGAUGUUUGACAAUCUAUUGAUAAUGUGUCACUCUAUUCAUCUAAUUUUUAGCUGGUUAUUUUGGUCA